AUGGGAAUGACUGUAUAUUUCUACGAUAUCAUCCAAAUUAUGCCUUUAGGAACUGCCAAGCAAGUUAGUACGCUGAAUGAACUUUUAGAGCGGGUAGACUUCGUCACUCUGCAUGUCCCUGAAACUGAAGAAACAAAAAAUAUGAUAGGUGACGCUGAAAUUAGCAAGAUGAAGAAAGGCAGUUAUCUGAUAAAUGCUUCUCGCGGCUCUGUCGUUCAGAUUCCAGCUUUAAUAAAAGGUUUACAAAGUGCUCACUUACAAGGUGCAGCAAUUGACGUUUAUCCACGUGAACCUAGGUCCAAUGGCCAAUACUUUAGUGACGAGUUAAAUUCUUGGACAACUGAACUUUUAAAGUGUAAAAAUUUGAUAAUGUCGCCGCAUAUCGGCGGUUCUACCGAAGAAGCACAACGAAUGAUCGGAGUUGAAGUGGCAACCGCGCUUUUUAAAUACAUAAAUUACGGUACUUCGAUUGGUGCCGUUAAUUUCCCCGAAAUUGACCUCCGUGCUAUUCAGGAUACAGAAAAAAAUUCAAUUCGUGUUCUUUUUGCUCAUCAAAAUGUUCCUGGUGUGCUCAAAGAAAUCAAUCAAAUUCUUUCCGACCACAAUGUCGAAAAACAAUACUCGGAUUCACGAGGAGAAAUCGCUUAUAUGAUGGCCGAUAUUUCCGAUGUUGACGAGCAUGAUAUCUUCAAGAGAGAGACC